AUGGUGCCCCUGGAGAAAAAGAAAAUCACACGUGUGCGCCUGGGAUGCCACCGGUGCAAAAAGCUCAAAGUGAAAUGCCCCGAACAGAAGCCCACGUGCGCCACGUGCCUCAAGGCCGGUGCCAGCUGUGACUACUCAAUCAAACUCACGUGGGGCGGGCGGCCGUUCAAGAACACACACAAACACAAACCCGCACCUACGCCCGCGUCUUUUGCGGUGUCUGGCUGUACGUCACCCGACAGGUCGCCCGGGAUCCCGGCUAUGUUCUUCUCGACCGCUUUCAGCGAUCUCCUGGACAGUUGCGCCGCCAGGGCGCCGCUGGACCCCCGGGCCACCGUGCACCUGCAGCAUGCGAUUGGAUCCCCGCAACCACACCUCUCAUAUACGGAGCAGAACAUGGAUCGCUGCGACAGCUUUUCGGCGGACCUCGCGCGUAUAGAACGGACGUUUCCCACGGAGCAGCGGCUGCCGUUCUUCGACAAUGCGUAUGGCCUGGCCAGCUUGUCGCAGCAAGCCCCCGUGCACUCGAUCCCGCCGCUGCUUGUGCCGCUUCCGGAAAUCUUGCUCAAGGUGCCCUACUACAGGCAGCUCCUCCACUUCUGGGUCAACGUGGCCGCGGAGAACCUCGUGCCUGCCCCGUACUUGUACAAGGACAACCCGUUCAAGAUCAUCUUGCCGCAAAUGGCCAUGCACUACCCGGGCUUGCUCACCACGAUCUUGGCGUUCGCCGCCCGGGCCCGCGACGACUUGGAGGGCUCGCCCGGCACUCACCUGAAGAUCAUCGACCAGCUUCUCGGCAGGUCCUGUGAUGAGCUCCUCCGCCAGCUCCGGGACCAUAGCGAGGCGACCUCGGACGGCACUUUUGCCACCAGCUUGCUCCUCUCGUCUUUCGAGGUGGUUCACUCAAACGACUUCAGCAAGCACCGGGCACACACCACCGGCGCCAGCCAGAUCAUGGCGGCACGGGCACGGAAGUUCCGGCGCGAGUCGCGCGGCUCCGCCGACGACACGGACUCUCCCUCGUCCGAGUCGUCCACGACAAGGCGAGACGAGAGUGACAUUGCCUACUUCUUGCUGCGCUGGUUCAUGUACGUGGACGUCCUUGGCGCCUUGUCCUCCACGCAGGAUAGGAUGAAGUACUUGAGGGCCUACCGCACACACAGCGUGUACACGCCGAUCGAAAGCAUUCCACACCUCAACACGGAUGACUGGGGGCGGGACAUCGACUUCUUGCUUGGCUUCGAUCCCAAGUUGCUUCCCCACUUCGUCAACAUCUCCUUGCUCAUAGACGAAGUGGAGAAGUACAUGGCCACGCCCGGCAGUGACGUGACCUGCCUCCCGAUUCCCAUCACUGUCGCGGCACUCGAGCUCAAAGAAAAGUUCUUGAAAAGCUACGAGGCAGGGGAGGCGAAGCGGCUGAUAGUGUUGGACGAGAUGAUCGAGCAGAAUGGCCGGUUUGCCGCCGCCCGAAGCAGGGACUUGAUGACCAAGGACAACAUCUUGCGCAGCACGAACCGGCUCUACUACAACGCGGGUCUCCUAAACCUCUACCGCCGCGUCCUCCUCUUGCCACGCCUGUCGUGCUUGGUUCAGGAUCUCAUUGCCGAGAUCACUGACAUUUUCGAGCUCUACAUCGAGCCCUGCAGCCCGGCGGAGAUUUGCACCAUCUUCUGUUUGUUUUGCGCCGGGUGCGAUAACUUGAAUGAAGAAAAGCGGGCAUUCUACCGGGGCCGCUUCGAGGCCUUGGUGCGCCAGGAGAACAUGAACGCCAUCAAGAGCUUGGUUAUCAUGGACCGGUGCUGGGACACAGGCGAGGAUUGGUACACGGCGGCGAACAUGCUUGCCAUAGACUUGGUGCUCUUGUGA